AUGCGACAGGCGUGGAAGGACGUUUCCGCGGAUGCGCUCGAUGAUGCGGCGAAAAUGGAGCUUGGAAAGAAGAUGGAACACGUGCCGGAGGAGUUGCGGCGGGUCGGCGCUAAGGCUGGGGGGGAGAUGUUCGUGACGUUUGGCACGGCGAGCGUGCAGGAUUUCGUCUUCAAUUGGGCGGCGGCGGCGAAAAAGUUGAGUUUAGAGCCGAUAUUCGUCGGCGCUUUAGACGAAGAGAUGCACACACUAUGUGUUAAGGCUGGGAUACCAUCCAUGCUGCUCACGGGGCGGUCAGUGUUGGAUAAUAGGGAUCAAGAGUUCAUCACGCAAAAGAGCAAGACGUUUAAAAAGAUGGGCACGGUGAAGACGAAGUUUAUUCAAGAUUUGCUCGAGCUUGGGAUAGCGCCGAUUCUGAGCGACGCGGACGUGGUUUGGAUGCGCGAUCCGCGCGAGCUAUUCAACAACGGCACUUACGCAUACGCGGACGUGCUGAUAUCGAGCGAUUGCAUCGACACCGUGAACGAUCGCGCCGACAACGCCAACUGUCGCAACGUCAACUUUAACACGGGCAUCGUGCACAUUCGGCCCACGGAGCCGGCGAAGGCGUUCGUGGAAAAGUGGAAGCAAAAAGUAGCGACGAGCGAGAUCGCGUGGAUGCGCGACCAGCCGGCGCUGAAUUUGCUCGUGCGCGAAGGAUCUCCCGCGCUCGCGCCCGCGGUGGCGGUUCCCGAUGACAAGCGCGGAUUACCGGGGUAUCGCUCGAUCGUCUUCGCAGCAAACAGCACGAUUCGCAUGGGCGUUUUGCCCAUCGCGCAAUUCUCCAACGGUCAUACUUUCUUCGUGCAAGAGCACCACUUGUACCACCCCGAGGACGGUGAGCCGUACGCGGUGCACACGACGUACCAAUACGGCGAUUCUGCGCGGUACGCGUACGGCAAGCGUCAAAGACUGCGACAGCAUGGUUUAUGGUAUGCAGACGAUGACACAGAUUAUUGGAAGCCAAAGAAGUACUUGACCAUCUCCACCAAAGGGUCGCAGAUGAAGUUCAAUGGUUCUCGGGCCAUCGGCAUGGAAAACGAUGCGUAUUUAACCGCCAUCACGCGACACUUUGAAGAGGACAGAUUGCGAAGAACGACGAUUCGAAACGGCUUCGCCCUGGCGAAAGCGCUCGGACGAAUCUUUGUGCUACCACCCGCGCGAUGUUACUGCGAUAAAAUAUGGAACACGCUCGCCGGAUGUCGCGCGCUCGGCGCCGAGACGGCGCAUUUGCCGUACGCGUGCCCGAUGGAUCACAUCUACAACCUCGAAGGCUUGCAUGACUUGGGCGUUGAUUUUCGCGAAGCAGGGUUCCUCGAAGACAUGCGACUUAAAGGGAACGUUCGAGAAGAUGUCAUUCACGUUAAAAUUGGCGCGAAAGACGACAAAAACAUGGCUGAUGUCGUCAUCGAGCGCGGUUUCUCAGCGAGUGACGCCGUCGAGGCGCUGGAAUCGUAUAACGAUCACGGCGUCAUCAUGAUCGACCAACUCGAUGAAGGCUCAUUUUGCGGUUUCGAUGAUAAACAAAAGGACGAGGCAUUUGAUACGGCGAUCAACAACGCGCUCAACCACGACCAGUACUUCUGCUUCAACGAAGCGUACGACAAGCAAGGUCGACCUCGCAGCGGCGGGGGAAAGGAUGGAAAAGAGUACGAGCCGCGAGUUGUGGAGCGGCACUGCGGCAUCGCGGAGGGAGAGCAAUCUCGUCUCGCCACUCGAGGCGUCGUGACAGAGGUAUUGAAAGAUCCAAUAACAUGCUCGUGUGAGUGGGCUUACAAAUUACCCAAGGCGCUCGCCGACACGCGGUGCGCCGCACAAUCAAGAGACGAAGACGACAGAACUAGGACAGGACUUGGUGAUAUUGAAUAG